AUGAACGCAUCUAAACCUCCCUUACCGGACAGAAAGACGCCCAUAGGAGCAACAAAAAAUGAGCAGCGGACCAUCUGCCGUGUGCAUCGUGUGUGUUUGGUGGAAAUAGGAGGUGAUGUGGGGGAGCAGAGAUCUCCUAAUACCCCCCUCCUCCACACUCCGGAGUCUCCCAGAAUGUAUUCUGGGGGAGACGAGAGGAUAGGUUGUGCGUACACCGAUCCUCUUCAGCCAAAGUUGGAGGGAAUGGUGUCUUCGCCUCUAAAUAGGCAAGCUUUCACCACUGUAUCAUCUACUGAUUAUGCAUGA